AUGUCUUCUGCAAGUAAUUUCUAUUUUAGACGCAAUACCUAUUGGCCCUCUGCCUAUACAGGGCCCAGCGAUGCCUACAGAAGACGAAGAUAUUUCUAGAGCUAUAGAGAUGUCUCUCUUAGAAAGCGGCAACAGUGUUGCUUCUUAUGAACCUCUAAAGGCUGAACAGCGUUUGCGUAUAGAUGGAAUUCCUGUUGGCUUAAAAAACAUCGGGAAUACCUGCUAUUUCAACUCCUUGAUGCAAUCUUACUUUAUGAUCCCUACACUGGUCGAAAAAAUCUUAAAUUUCAGACCUCAUCCUUCCCAAUUGCAAAAUCUUCAAGACGAUAGUGUUGAAAACACCCGAAAAAAAGCCAGCAUUGAGCUAGUCAAACAACUGCAGCGCUUAUUUGCCCACAUGAUUAGAAGCAACCGACUCUAUGUCGACCCAGGAAAUGUCCUUAAAGCGUUAGUCGACGAUUUCGGCAAUCAAAUUGCUAUUGGCGACCAAAAAGAUGUAGGAGAGUUUAAUAUGAACUUAGUCGCCAGAAUAGAAGAAGGCCUACAAACAGCCCAGCCUUAUGAAGAAAAUAAAGAAAAAAGAUUGAAUGAAUCUCCUACUCUUAUAAAUAGAAAAGGCAGCAUGGUCAUUUCAGGCCACGAAAUCAGUGAAGAAGGUAUUAUUUCUGAACUUUUCUAUGGAAAACAGCACGAAUUUUUAGAAGCGGCUGAAAGGGAUGGCUCUUUGGUCCAAAUUAAAAAUCUAGCACCUUUUGGGCAGAUUAUUGUAGAUGUAGAUGAAGGGGACUUGUAUAGCGCGUGGGAUAUAGCUUAUCAUAGCCAAAUUGAAGGGUAUUUGACCCCACAAGAAAAUGCAACGACAGCUUCUCAAGAAUUUUGGCUUGAAAAACUUCCUGGGAUAAUUUUAUUUCAAAUCCAAAGAGUAAAAUAUGACAAAGUGACGAAUUCUACCAUUAAAAUCCAUAAGCAGUUCAAAUUUCCAAAAAUACUGCACCCAGACCGAUUUAUGGCAAAAAAUAAAGAAAUUGGCUCAAAACUAAGAGAAAAUAUGCUCCUGCUUAAAAAUCGUAUAAAAUUCCUUGAGGCUUCUUUAGAAAAGCUGAAUAAUUACAAUUCAACUAAUUCUGGGCUAGAUACGAUUCUUCAGCAGACUAUUGAAUUUUUGUCCUACAAUGAAAACCCUAAUCAAGCUAUGGAAAUUGAUGAAGAAGGUCUAAUAAUUUUUACCCCAGAAAAAGUUAUAGCAAAUAAUCCUCAAAUUUCUCGCUCCAAAACGCUUUUGCAAACCCUUACUAGAGAAAUAGUCACAAAAAUAAAAUUGAUGAAAACCCAAUUAGAGCAGUAUCAGUUCCAAAUAGAAGAAAUUUUUAACGUCCCUCAGCUGAAAAAUCAUGAAUACCAUUUGCACUCUAUACUGAUCCAUGAUGGGCAAGCUGGGGCAGGGCAUUAUUAUGCAUAUGUGUAUGAUGCUGAAUAUGAAGUGUGGAGAAAAUACAGUGAUGUGAUGAUUACUCAAGUCGAUUAGAUUAAAUUAAGCUCUGGCCGGUCUUUGGGGAUAUUUCAACCUCUAUCCAUCUUGCCGCAGGCUCUUGUCAUCUGGACUUUUUCAAGUCGAUGUUACCAAAAAAUGGUGAUAUCAACAGAUUCUCGGGAAGACUCACCUUGGGUCAGCUCUAAGAAAGAAUACUCUCUUAGCCCUGGCAGUGCUUCUAACGAGAGAAAAACACUGCUGUGCUUUCUAGGCUAUUCUGCCCAAACCAGGCAAUAUUGAUUCUCAGAAGUGUAAGCUAGCUUUGCGAUUUCAGUUUUUUGUCUAUAUGAAAAGUAAAAAGUCUGUCAUUUAAUCCUGAUCAGGCAAAAACUACCUAGACCCCAAAAAGAUCGAGAUCCAUCUGCCUAAGUCUAGGAUCAGCUCACCAUCUUUUAAAAAAUACCCAAAUCGAAGAAAGCGAAGUUAUGACUAAUGCCUUGGGUGGAAAUGGCUAUAUAUCAGCAUACUGUCUGAUGUAUAUCGAAAAUUCCUUAAUUAGAAGAGAAGCUCAAGGACGCAUAAAAGACUUUAGAAUAAAGCAAUUUGAUGAUCAGCCCUUUGAUUUAUAUCAAAAUUUAUUAUCAGCAGAGCUUAAACGCGAAGUAGAUGAAGAAAAUAAAAAAACAUACGAAGAGGCUAUGGAGUACAAAAUAAACAAAACUAUUCAGCAUAUUCAAGACGUUUAUUCCACAAGAUUCACACAGACAGUAGGAAUGUUCAAUAACUAUAAAAAUGAGCUAAAAAACAAGCCAGAGGAUAUAAAAUAUGAGCUUAUUAAUUUUGCUGUGCAUUUGAAAAUAAAAGGCCAAGAGUUUCUAUGCAAAUGGUAUUUGUUGGAUUCUUAAAUAUAGGGCUGCCUCGAUGCAGGAAUAUUGAGAAUGGAAGGAUGACGCUUGUGGAUUUGUAUCUGGCCAAGUUUUGUGGGCUUUAGCUGGUCAAAAUUAGGAUUUCUAGGUAGCCCAGCAGAAUCAGUGGUUACUUUUUUAGCCAAUCGGGACUAUUUUCCAGCAUGAAGCCAGGAACUAUAUCCUGAGCUUAAGAGAAGAAGAAAGUGUGAAUAAAGGGAUUUCAGAUUUUGAUAAGGCAGACCCGAUAUAUAUGAAGCUUGGAUCACAGUUUAAAAAUGUGUGCAAAGAAGCACCUCACACACUGGAAUUAUCAGCAACUGAUAUCAAUACUUUAAUGAAAGAGCUGAAUGAAUUUAAUGCAAAUUACCGUAGUGCUAGUGUAUCUUUAUAUUUAUAUGACUUUCUACUUAAUGAUAAAAUUAUUUCAAUUUAUCAUUUAGUGAAUGCGUUUGGGUGUCUUGCUGCACACUUUGUGAGUGACCAAAACCAUCAAUACAUAAUUUUUAGAAAUUAAAUUAAGUUUUAGUUAAAUUUUUAAGGAUUAAAAAAAUCGGCGUCUUUUAGAAAUAAUUUUUUUUUUACAAAAUAUAAUAAACGCGAGUAGACUUACUUUGUUCGCUCAUAGAGGGGAGGAGUUAAUGAAAACAACUCUAAUGAAAUUCAAAGAAUGCCUAGUGAAAUAUACAAAAUUUCUUUGCUGCAUAUGACAACUAUAAUAAACCAAACUCUUUAUAUUAAAAAUGUAAAAGAUGCCAUUGCAUGGGCAAAUCAUCUUAGCAGCUUCACUACAGCCACUUUAAGUCAAAAUGACCCUUUUUAUACUCAAAUUUAUUUCCGGCUUCAAGAUUCUCGUAGAUGGGCUUUACUCUGUCUUUUUAAAUUUGGAUCAAAAAUCUCUGAUCUAGUUUAAAGGGCUUUUUUUUUAAAAAAAAAUAUCAUAAUAAAUAUAAUUUAUUUGCAUUCCUCACUUUAACUAGACAAAUACAGAUAAAUUUUCAAUAUUGGCCAGCUAAAUUAGGUAUCGAAGCUGCUUACAUACAACUUGAUAUUUUUACCUAUAAAAAUUAAAAAUUUUACCAAUAUUUUGUUUCGAUCAAAUGGGGAGCUAGAAAAUUUAAUUGGAAUUUAUAACGAUGACUAUGAUAAAGAAUUAAGAGAAAUCAUCAUGAGAAUGGAAAAAAAUGUCGUUUUCUUGACUUUUGAUCCAAAUUUCCCAGCAGAGCUACAAGAAUUGAAGAUGAAAAUUGAAGGGUUUAAUAAUUAUGCUUGGGCCGAAGGGUGGCAAAAAGACUCAAUUGCUGUCAAAUAUGCAGAAAUGAAAAACAGCUUUUUUAAUUCUAGGUUUGCAGGCUGGAUUAGAGUUGCUGAAAGAAUUACAAUAACCAGAAAUAUAGUUCCAGAAAUUGAAUUAAGAGAAAUGGAAAUGAGAACAGGAUUUUUCCCUCAAUAA